AUGGACCUUACUCAGCUUGACCUUUCCUUUAAUGAUUUGAGUGGUAGUUUUGAAAUGGACAAAUUAUCAAAGCUCAGCAAACUUGAGACACUUGAUCUCUCCGACAACCCUUUUCUAUCAUUGAGCAGUGCAAGCAGCAGUGUCAAUUACUCUUUGCCUAGUCUUGCAAGUUUGAUCCGUCUAGACCUUUCUUAUAAUAGAAUCCGUGUCGUCAAUGCUGAUAUGCUUGUAAAGCUUAAUAGCCUUCAAAUAUUGGAUCUUUCACACAGCAGUCCACUAUACCAGAGUAACAAUAACAACCUCACUCUUGUCUUGCCUAAUCUUGUUUCCUUGUCGAUGUCUUCUUGUAAUAUAACUGAAUUCUCAAAUUUCUUGACAACUCAAGAGAAGCCACUUCUACUUCCACCUCCUCGCGUAUCUGUUCUCUUAAUCUCACAGAACAGAUUACCUGGCGAAAUUCCACCUUCCAUAUGCAAUAUGUACAAUUCGGAGGAGGAUGUGAUUCUCGACUUGUCCCAUAACAACUUGAGUGGAGCAAUUCCGAGAUGUAUGGGGCAAGCAAUUUUUUCUGUUCUAGAUUUGCAGAUGAAUCAUUUACAUGGAAACAUCCCUGAUUUUCGUGUUGAGGAAGACUACAUGUUACAAACACUCAACCUCAACAACAAUGAUUUUGAUGGGCCACUACCUAAGUCCUUGGUCAAUUGUCAUCAUUUGGAAGUGUUGAAUUUCGGAAACAACAAGAUAAAUGAUGCAUUUCCCGACUGGUUGGGAACUCUUCCUCAGCUACAAGUUCUUGUCUUGCGCUCCAGUUAUUUCCAUUGUCAAUUAACCCAUUCAGAAAAUGGAUCGCAUUUCUCGACCCUGCGAAUCUUGGACAUCUCACAUAAUGAGUUCUCUGGUUUUCUGUCAACAACAUACUUUAAAAGUUUCCAAGGUAUGAUGAGUUUGGCCGAUAAUCAAAUGAGAUAUAUGGAAGAUUAUGAUUCUUACUACCGAGAUUCCCAUGGUUGUCACAAUGAAAGUUGGAGACCUCAUUUCUCUCAGUUGACUGGUUUGAAUUUUCUUGAAGUAUUGAACCUGUCAGAGAACCAGCUUGUUGGACUCAUUCCUCAGGGAAAACAAUUCAAUACCUUCCUCAACAAUUCCUAUGUCGGCAAUACAGGAUUGUGUCGGUUUCCAGUUUCAAAAAGCUGUGGCCAUAGUGAAUCUCCGGCACGAGGAUCUUAUGAACAUGAAGAUGAUUCUGCAUUCAGAUUGAAUUGGAAAUUCUUGAUGAUGGGUUAUGGCUGUGGAAUGGUGUUUGGAUUUUCUGCAGGAUAUAUCAUGAUGACAAUUCGAAAACCAACAUGUCUUGUUGGGGUGAUUCAAGGAGCAGGCAACAGAGUUCUAAGCAGAUUCAAGAAAUACCGUUGA